AGCUGCGAGUGCUCCAAACUAGUCGAUUCCAUUCUUCAGUAUGCAAUUGCGCAGCUACCAGUUGCGCAUCGUGCAAGCGGUGCUUGCUGGAGGGAACAGCAUAGUCUUGCUUCCCACGGGCGCUGGAAAGACACUGAUUGCUGCUGAGGUGAUCCGGACAUUGGGGGGCGCUUGCGUUUUCCUGGUUCCCACUUGUUUGUUGGUGAAGCAGCAGGCGCAAGCGAUCAGAGCAUGGACGCAGCAAGAUGUGGGCGAGUACAUGGGCGGCGCGGUGCUGCCCCAGCGCUUUGACAUCUUGGUCUCCACUCCGAAGGCUUUUCAGAUUGCGCAGGCCAAGACCUCCUCGCUGGCUUGGUCCCAGUUCAAGCUUGUAGUGUUUGAUGAAGUCCAUCACGUGCUCAAGGACCAUCCCUACCGCAAGCUGGCGCAGCAGCUCUGUAAGUGCGAUGGGCCGGUGGUGCUGGGGCUGACAGCUUCACUGACCUACGCUGUUGGAGAGAAGAAGGUCCAGGGGGACGUGAGUCGCAUCUGCCGGGAGCUGCAAGUUCGCGUUUUGGAGACCGCCACCCAAGCGGAGCUCGAGGCCAGCGGCUACCACUGCCGCGCUGCGGCCCCGGAGCUCGGCGCAGAGAUCCCCAGCCUGGUGCCAGAAAACGUGGUCCCGGAAACCGACCGCAAGCCUCACCUUAUGGGGAAGAUCUUUUUUGCACGACUGGCGGCAGGUUCCUCCACCGAGUUUGCUCAGAAGCUCUUUGGGGUGGUGACGUCCAUGGAGAAAGCCCUGGCUGCGGAUCCCAGCUUUCAGUCGCCGCUGAAGGCAUCCUCCAAGACCUGGGGCAGCUAUGCGCACAACAAAGCGGACAGAUCUCCCAUGUACGGUGCCCUGGAACACUGGUACGAGGCCCUUCGCGUGCUUCUGAACUCCUGGGAAGAGGCGCAGGAUGCAGCGGCCGCAUACCUGGCGAUGACGGGCCAAAGGCGGCUGGAGGCGUCCACUUGGCCGGCGUUCGUGGACAAAUCUCACGCCGAGUUCUGGCGUGCGUGCCCGGAGAUCUGGCCAAGGCACGAGCAUUUGAAGGAGGUGCUUGAGCACAAAUUUGACGCCUUAGUCGCCACCCAUGGAGAGUUCCGUGGCAUACUGUUUGUACAGCAGCGGGUGAUGACUCACAUCCUGGAGCAUGUGAUUCGCGAUGCCGGCCUCAAGCAGUUCACUCCAGCAUGCCUUUACGCCACGUCCUCUCCUGCCACGUCAUCCUUGGCAGUCUCUUCGGCGCAAAGCCAAGCGCGCCUCAAGGCUUUUGCCUCUGGCGCUGUGAAUCUCCUCAUCACCACCGUGGUUGCAGAAGAGGGCAUGGAUGUUCCUGCGGCGAACUGCGUGAUCCGCUUUGAUCCUAUGGUGAACUCGGUGUCCUUGGUACAAGGCCGCGGCCGUGCUCGGCAGGAGGGCUCGGCGUUUGUGGUGCUCAGCGAGCGUCCGGACAGGCCCACGGCCGUGCUGGCUGAGGUGGAGCAGAAGCAGCUGGAGAUCUGCCGCAGCUUCCAGCCCGGCGACGUGGGUGCCGACCCGGCAAAGGAGAAGGCAGCGCAGACGUCCAGGGAGCGAAACGCGGCGGCUGUGCUCGCCAAGCCGGGCGAGGCCUUGGCCAACUUGAACCUCUUUUGCAAGAAGACGAAGGUAGAACUUCAGGAGGACUUCUUGCAAGCUGGAGGCUGGUGCUGCCGACUGGCCUAUCUUUCCGUCCUGCGCUCUACAACUGCUGAGGGUACAGCUUCUUCAAGGAAGGAGGCGAAGAAGAAGGCCGCCGAGGGCCUGCUGGCGGAGCUGCAGAAGAGCCUGGCGUAGAGCGGCACUCUGCCGCAAAUUCUCUGUUGCCCAGUGGUGCCCUUCUUUCCUUUUUUUGGGG